UAUUCACGUCGAUCGCCCCAGUGUCAGUGAGAACGCGCGUCUCAAGCAAGCGCGAGGUUAGUCAUAUCCGACUAAAUCCAGUCGAGUCGAGCCGCGAACGAUUACCGGUGCCACCGCCUCCCAAUGGCCACCUGUGCUGCCUCCGCAUGCUUCUAGCCGCCGCCUCCGCCCAGACCCAAGCUACUCCUACUAACUUGUACGCGUUCAUUCUACUCUCACGUAGUGUCAGUGUCAAGUGCUACAACAUCGUCGUUAUUGUGCUCUCUUUGGAUUUUACACCAAUUCAUUUCUGCUAGAUAACGAGGAAGCAGACGCCUUCACAAGCAGCAGGCAGCAAUGGAACAAAGAGGCGAACAUGGCACGAUUUACCUUCACGCGGUGCUGUACUUUGUGACACUUGUCUCAGGGAACACCGAGCAUAAGGUGCACAACAUAGUGCUGUACCCUGACAAGCACUCGUGGUGCAAGACGACGGCAAUCGAGCAGGUGAUCACCCACCCCGGGUGCGAGCCCCUCACCCUCCCCAACAACGUGUGCGUCGGCGCCUGCUUCAGCUACAGCAUCCCUCGCACCCUCCCCGCCGCCCCUGGCGACGUCCUCCCCUACUGCGACUCCUGUCAGCCCUCCACCUCCGCCCUCCAUCAUGUGACACUGAAGUGCAAGCGGGAAGGAGGCGGAGACGACGGCGAAGAGAGUGAGACGAUGAACAAAGUGGUGGAGGUGAUCACCAACUGCAGCUGCAUGACGUGUUCGGAUGCGGCCUCCCGGCAGCUGCCGGCCGACGCAGUCGCAGACGAUGACGACGAUGCGGUCGAGCGAGAGAGAGACAGAGAUGUGCCGCAGCUGCUGAGUCUCAUGCAGCGACGACCCUCUCUCUCCGACGCUCACACGUCACCUGCCACCAACACUUCACACAUCAUCAAGCAUAAACUUCUGUCCCUACUGACUGAAUUGAAUUCGGGAGUGGAGGAGCUGAGCGAGGCAAGUCAAGUGACUCUGAGAGAAUUGCUCGGUCAAGUGGAAGGCCAGCAUCACCAGGUUGAUGACGCCACUCUACAAUCAUUGGUAGAAAAGGUUCAAAAAGAAGAACACAUAAAUAUUGAUAUCAAUCAAUUGAAGCACAUCCUUCACAAGUUUGAAAGUUCAGAAAAGCAAAAGCUUGCUACCGAACAUAAUCUGAAUGCUCACAGACAUCAACAUGUUCAUGGACCUCAUCACUCACUGGUGUAUGGACAAAACGUGCACCACGACAGAAUCCAUUCUGGAAUGGUGCUAGCACCAACUUUGGACGUGGAGUCGCACCACUUGAAACCAGCACUGGCUGGCUCCGAGCUCAGUUACCACGACAACCUCGUCCAGGCUGAAUCAGAGCACCAGCACACCAGCGAAAAACCAACCGACGAUCAUCAUGUCCAAUUAUGAAAGCUAUAAAUAUUAUUUACAUCUCUAAUUAAAUUAUUAUCCAGUUCUUAUGUAACACGUUAAAAUAUUGUUGUUUGGUAACAAUUUAGUUAUUAAUAACUACCUUAGCUUUAGUGAAACAUGGCUUUAAGUUAUUUUAAGUACAGUUUUAUUGAUGAUUAUUUUAGUUACGUAAGAGUCAACAAUAGUAGUUGGGUUUAUUUUCACUUUCUGAGUCAAUAGCAGUACAUGUCAGAUUGUACGAGUAGAUAAUAUAUGCAAAUCAUGACAUUUUUUAACUAAAGUAUUUCAACGACUGAAUUUUGUAAUAUUAUUGAUAGAUGUAAUUGUUAUGUCAAUAGAAGGAAGUAAUCUCUUGUCUGGCCAGACCAUUAAGUGAAAAUGUACAACACCUUUGUUGGAAAAAUCAAAGCGUGAAGUUGUCUCUGCUGCUAGGAAUCAAUCCAUGUAUUGAGUUCAAAUGGACUUAUCAAGCUUUUUUUAGAAUGCGAAACGAAAUAUGGAAUGAUUGAUUACAGGUUAAGAUACAGAGUUGAAUGAUCAAUAAGGGUUACUUUUAUGACAAGAGCCAAAUUAUUCUAAAGCAAAGAGAAUCAGCAAUAUCAAAUACCCUUUCUUAUAGAGAUGACAAUACAUAUCACGAAUUAUGGGUAGCGGUGUGCUUUAUGGCUGGACGACUAAUAGUUAACAUCAAAUGUUUAUUAAAAGUUUUUGAGCAUGCAGGGCAAUAGUGCCAUAACUAAGAAAAUAUAUUUGAUAAAUUGAUAUUUAUAUACUAUGUAACCUAAUGCCUAACUAUUCAUGUGUAUUAUUUCAGCUGCACAAAUUAUAUAAAAGUAUAAAUUGUAAAGAAUACCAGUGAAAAGACAAUUAUUCAAAUUCAAUAAAAGUGGCAAAAUUUGUAUCUGUUCACUGUCAGUGAUUCAAUUCAAUAGGACUUUUAAAAAUCAAAACUCCACAGUUCCUAUUCAGACCAUUUUCAAUAUGCUAUAACGUAUUUCGGCGCUAUUCAAGCAGUAUUAGCAAACCAUGAUUAGGUAGAAAGAAAUUAUUCAAUCACAAAAAUGCAUUCUAGUACCCACUCAUUUGUCUGUAGUACUUUUCAAAAUGGCACAAAUCUCAACUUUACAUCAAAUUAGAAUAUUUACAGCAUAAUUACAAUAUAUUUAGAUUUGCAGUCCAAGACUUGUGUAUCAAGUGAAACUAGCUUUAAGUUUGUUUAAUUUAUGAAUAAGUGAAUGGAAUGCUUUACAUACACAUCUGUGGCUUUACUGUAGGGCUGUGUGUUACAAAUCAUUAAAAUUUUAUGUUUUACAAAGUUAACCAAGAGAUGUGAUUAGAAAUGGUUAUUGAUCAGUUGUUUUCAUUUUUUAAUGUAUAAGUUGUUUAUUAGUGAUUAUUGAAUGUUUUUAUUUAAAUUAAUGGAUUAAAAUCAAUUAAUUGAGCCUGAAGUAAAUCAAUCAAUCAAUUGAGUCAAUUUCUUCACAUUCAAUGGAGGAAUGAAAAGAUUACUAACAAUAAUAUUAAGGAGCAUGAGCACACCAAUGAUACUUGAAAUAUAGUAAUCAAAUAAUGGAAUUUAUCAAAUUAACAUGAUUUUGUUUUUAAAUAAAAUUCAUAUUUUUCAAAUAUUUACUCUUUUUGAAUCAUUAUACACUGUCUUGUAGUUGCUACAAAAAUGUUGAUAAUCUUAUCUAAUACCAUAAUAGUUGAAGGUCUUAUGAAUCAUGACGAAAUAAUUUCAUACACAGAAUAUAGUAGCAUUUAUUUUAGAAAAAUUACACAGCCAUAUAGUUCAUUAGAAAACACUUGAAAUAAUCAUCCAUAUCAAGUAGUUGGGAAAUAUCCAAAAAUAAAGAAGCUUAAAAAGAAGACAGAACAA